AUGAGAUUCGCGCACGGGUGGCCGAUCGAGAGAGACUCUCCUUUACUCUCUUUUUCCUCUUCUUUGUGUUUGUCUUCUUCUGCUUCUGAAGACGACCCCGAGGACGAACACGAACGACGACUUUUAGUAGAUGAUGAUGAAACCAACGAGAAGCAUCAUCGACGAAAAGCAACGACGACAACAACAACAACAACAUCGGAAGAGGAAGAAGAGAGGAGGAGAAGACGACAAAAAGCGAGAAAAGAAAAGAGUAAAAGUAAAAAGAAGAAUAUAUACAUCGUGUCGAUAUCUCUGGACCAAACCUCGCGGAUGCUCGCGAUCGUGACCUCGAUUGGAGGCAUCGAGUUGUGGGAUUCCGGGCAAAAUAGGACGUUGCUUUGCGCGAAGAUGAAAUCUUCUUCUUCUGCUGCUGCUUCGGAGUACGUGUGCGCGGAGUGGAAACCGAAUUAUUACGAAAGAGAGAACGGCGUAAAGGACGACGACGACGACGACGACGAGUCGAUGUCGGCGUCGCACAAAGAGAGGACUUUGCUCGUGUUGACGCGAGCUGGGAACGUGCUGGUGUUUUUGGUCAGCGUAGGGAACGUGGAGGAGUUCGGUAGGAGUAGCGAGAAUAAUACUAGUAAUAACAAUUCAAACAACGCAGGAGGAGGAGGAGGAGGAGGCGGUUCGGAACAGAGAUGCGGCACGAUGCGGUCGGCGAGUUGCGUGUUGAAGAGGGCGAUUAAGGUUAAAGUUGUUUCCAAUCCUUCUUCGUCGUCGCCUUCGCACGAUAGUAAUAAUAAUAAUUUAGCGCCGGAAGAAGAAGGUUUGGAGACAUCAUCCGCAUCCGCAUCGUCUGUUGCGACGACUUUUGCGUGCGCGAAAGAUGGCCAAGGCGUUUUCUUCGGAACGAGUCGAGGCGGAUUGGCGUACGCGGACGUUUUUCCGAAAGGCAAACUUUACGCGACGACGCAUUCUUCCGAUUUGGUUUUGAAAGAAAUAUUGGUAGCGAACGAUGUCUGCGCCGCGCUCGCGCCGAAACAUCAUCGGAGAAGGACGAGCAGAAUGAGUUACAGUCACAGUUUGGGUCAUACUUCAGGCGACGAAGAGUACGAAGAUGAGGACGACGAAAAACGAGCGGAUUUCGAAUUCGACGAUAGAUAUUCCGACGAAGACGAAGAGGAAUACAUUCGAAGUAUAAGUCCGAGAGAAGCAAGAAAAAUAGCAACGGUAAAUACCGAAGAAGAAGAAGAGGAAGAAGAAGAAAAAGAAGAGCGGCAACGCGAUGCCGUGGUAAGUAUACGAACGACUGCGGCGUAUCGCGAGGAAACUUCGUGCGUGGUGGCGCUCGCGAGCGGGCGAUGCGCAGUUGUCGCGUUUUCGCGAGAGGAAGAAAAAGAAACCACCACGGAAGUAAUCUCGUGGUUAGGAGACGGAAAUUGUUCCGCAAUUGCCGCGCAUAGCACAGAUAACAUUCAAAGAAUAGCCGUAGGAACUGGCACAGGGGACGUGGAUAUUUUUUCGAUAGUCACGUCACUCGCGGCUGCCUCAGCGAGGAGAAAGAAAAAAAUUCGAUUCGAGCGAAGGUUUAGGCAUAGUAAAGAAGAAGAACGAGGGGAUAGCGGCGUCUGCUCAUUAGUUUGGACGAAAUCUGGAGACGCGUUGGCGGUUGCGAAUAGUGGCAAAGGCAUGCCCUUGAGCGUGUGGUCUCGGGUAGGUACGAAAUUGUAUGCGCACGAAUCGUCGUCAUUGCUGGAGGAAGACGCUUCCACUAAAUUCAACGCUAGAUGUUUGUGUUGGAACGGUAACGCCUCGAGCUUCUACUCGGAGUUUUCUCUCUUCGACGUCGCGACUGUUACAUCGUCAUCAUCAUCUUCUUCUUUGAAAAGGAGUACGUUUCGGGAAAUCUCGUUCGUCAUUUCGCCACCGGAUGCAAACGUGAGAGUACACCCUCGCAACAGUCGCAUGUCGCGACAAAGAUACACGUCUUUAUCGAGAGAAGAACAGUUAGCGGCUUCGACGAAACCAACAUCCGGCGUUCUUCUCGGCGCCGAUCGCAUCGUUUUCGUGGAAGACGAUGACUCGGACGACUCGGAUAAAGAUGACGAGACGACCGCUGCGACACAUUACGGAGAAGACGACGAGAGCGACGACGAAUACGGCACCUCGACUCGCGACGGCGAACUUGUCGACGAGAAUCAAUACGAUUCCGAAGCUGAUCUUUUUGAUAACUUUUCUUCGUCUUCGUCAUCUUUAGAUGUUAUCGAAAAGCGCCGAUUCAAUGAUGGCACGAAUGGUAUCACCGAUGUCGCAAACAAGGCCGUGCUCUCUCCGUCUUCGAGACAUCUUCAAAAUAAACUCAAGAAACAAAAGCGACGAGAAUAUCGCGAAAAACUCAAGCGCAGGAAAGAGAAGCGAGAACGCGACGCUCGAAUCUCUUCGAAGCCUCCGAAACCGCUUCGUUGUCGACACGAGCUACUUCCAUCGGAAUAUAUCGCGACGAGGUUUCCGGCUCGCAAAAUCGCCAUUUCGCCGGAUGGAUUAGACAUCGCCGUCGCUGGAUCGAGAGGAUUCGUGACGUAUUCGCUGACGAGGAAAAAAUGGCGCAUGUUUCGCGACGUCUCGAAAGAGAAAAGAAUUCGCGUCACAAAAAUGGCUUGGCUUACGCUGAGAGGAGAUGCGUCCGGGGAGAACAAAGAAAAUGAAGGCGUCGCGUUCAAUGCGUUAGCUGUCGCGUGUUCUCGAACGGACGAUCCGACAAAGCAUGAACUGCGCGUAUACGCGGCGGCGACGCAACCACUGGACGAGCAGUGUGAAAUCGUAAAACCGCAUUCACUCGGGGCUAUUGCUCCGGUGGCGUUGGACGCGUGCGGCUCGCACGUCUUAGUCAUAUCACCACCGUGUGAGAUUGCUUUGUUUGAAGUCCGUGUGAACGGUUUUGGAGGCGUGAACAGCAGUGAGAUGACUUCAAUCGGCGGGAGUUUCGUCUCUUCUCUUUUCGGCGGGUCGUUCUCGACGAGCGCGAAGAAUACCGCAGCAGCUGCUAUUAAAGCCGAACUUCGCGUCGCGAGAGACGUUUCCGGUCGACGCAGGGUUGCUAGUGGAGAUGAAUCGUUAGCCCCACCAAUUGCCGCUGCUUUGUGGGUAUCGAAUCACGCCUACGAAAGUCCGAGAGCGAUGCCGGCGCCUUCCAUGUGCGCUUUGUUGCGACCGUGCGGGACCUUGAGUGUGUUGAAACUCUCCGGCCAAAACGCCGGGAAAGAAGUCAAAAUUAAAACAAGUUCUUCCCAAAACAACGACAACAGCAACAAAGUCAGUACUAACAUAACCGAGCGUUUCUGGUUAGCCGCGCGCUCGACGGAUUUCACGGGGAACGGCGUUUUGCCCGAAGUCGACAACGCGUGGUGGACGUUUGGCGAGAACGGAUUGGAGGCGAGACACGAAGAUUGGGACGAUUUAUUUAUGACCGUUCAAGAAGAAAACGACGACGAUGACGAACACGAUGAUGAUGAUAAUGACGGCUUCGAUGCGCACGAAUUUGACGAAGAGUAUUCCGAUUCGUUCCCGAUAUCUAUAAACUUGGAACAGUUUCGAGCGAUUUGUGCUACCAGACGUCUCCAUCACGAACGUAGUUUUGGCGCCAGUGGCGGCAGGAUAGACGUCAGCUCGGUUCAAAAAUCCAUAUUACCGUUAUUAUUGAAGAAAUCUCUCGCGAGGAGAGACGUUGGUGCGGCGAGAAUAUUAGCCAAGGAAGCGAGAAAACGUUCGAGACGAUUGUUUUCGUACGCUUUGGAAUGGUUGAUUCACGACGCUCUCGAGCAAAUACAAGGUGAUGAUUUCGACAACGAAGACGAAGACGAGGGCAACGAAGUCAGCGAUGAUGGCAACGAUGAGGUAUAUUAUAAAUCUGUUAGCUAUGACAUUACCAAAAGAGAACUUCUCAAGCGAUCGUUAAAUCUCGCUCGCGAGUUUGAGGAGUUCCCAGACGUCGUCGUUUCUGUCGCGCGCAAAACCGAUCAAGACAUCUGGCCGAAACUGUUCAAAUCGUGCGGCGUAAAAGCGUCUACUUUACUGAAAGCUGCCAUCGACAGAGGUCGGUUACGCGUCGCUAGUCGCGGCUUAGUCGUCAGUUGCUACAUGGACGGCGAAGAGAGUGGACGCGAAUUAGCGUACGAUAUUUUAGACGCCGCGUUCGUCUUGAAAGACUUCGCGUUGAUUGGAGAAGUCGUUCGGUUUUUAUCGAUUGGUUUUGAUAUGCUGGACAAAAUCGAUGCUACUAACGAUGAUGAUGACGAGUUCGAGGAGGAGGAAAGAGGUGGUGGCUUCUUUUCCAUGCUAUUCGGAGGUGGUGGUGGUCAAAAUGAAGAUGGUACGAACAACGCCAACGGACUCACGCGAAGAGAAAAGAAGGAAGAGAUUGAAAUGCUAAGGAGAGAGCGGCUGAUUUUAGAAAAAGCGUUGGAGCACAAACUCGAUGAGAUUGUUUUUGACGUCGACGCGCGUUCGUUGGGGGCAUUUUACCGUCGCGUACCGAAAGAAGCGUUUGACGUGUACGACUAUUUCGUGCGAGAGGCGGACGGCAAGUGUUCCUUUAACGUCGACGACGACGAGUAUAACCAAGAUUUUGACGAUAAAACAAGCGUUUUAUCUUCUCCACCAACGUCGCCGACGUACAGCGAAAGCAGCAGGAAGAGUCCCAGAGGGACAAGGAGGAGAAAGAAGAAAGAAGUGAAAACGAAAGCGCUCGGGUUCAGCGGCGCUUUGAAAAGAGCCGUGGACACUGCUUUAUCCCAGAGACGAUUGGGAGGAGGAGGAGGAUCAAUGUCGACGGGAUCAUCGUCUUCUCUUUUUGAUAACAGAGAUAACGACGACGAUAACGACGAACGCUACGCGUUAGAGGUUGUCAAACGCUCGAAAAAUCUCGAGUGGACGCUCGUCCUCGCCACUUUAGCCAGGGACAAGAAAACGCUUCUGGAACUCAUCGACUUGAAAACAUCCGACGUCAUGUACAACGCCUGGAGGCAAGCCGUGGAAUCUUGCAUAGAAGACGACGCGGACAAAAACAACAAUACCUCCGGUGGUAAACACUACUUUCGACGAGAGGACCAAAGAGAGGAAGACUCCUCUUCUUCCGAAGACGAAGACGGCGUCGGAAGCGAGAACAAAGAAGCGCGAAAGCACUCUUUAAAGUCUUACAAAAGAGCUUUCUUCGCGCAAUUACUCGCGGACGUGCACACCGAGUCCAUGAGGGAGCAGAAAAAGAAGCGCGGGUCGCAGUUAAACAUCGUCAUUCCAGACGCGCCCGAGUUCUAA